CAACCCAAGGCCAAUAAAGGGCAUUCCGGAAAUGCAAACAAAACUUGAAGAGAGAUCAUAUAUGCAAGCGCAAAUUACUAGCGCUCGGUCUAUUGUCCUUCAAAGUUCAAACUGCAGGCGCAGAUCCGAGGUGUUUGGGACUGGAAACCCUGGUUUCUCUACCUACUUUCAGAAUCCUUCAGCUCUCUCUACCUUUCAAUGAGUCAAUCGCUCGCUCACUAGCAGGAGAAAGGAACGAUUUUAAUAUACGGGCUAUUUGAAGCAGUGUACAUAUUCACUAGACAAAAUGCCUUCUCAAAAAAUUGAGACAGGUCAUCAGGACACAGUCCAUGAUGUGGUUAUGGAUUACUAUGGCAAGCGCAUUGCAACUGCCUCAUCAGACCAUUCGAUUAAGAUAAUUGGUGUUAGCAACAAUUCUUCUCAGCAUCUUGCUCAGCUGACUGGCCAUCAAGGACCUGUUUGGCAAGUAGCCUGGGCUCACCCAAAAUUUGGGUCCUUAAUUGCUUCAUGUUCUUAUGAUGGGCGUGUCAUAAUAUGGAAGGAGGGCAAUCAAAAUGAGUGGACUCAAGCUCAUGUAUUUGAUGACCACAAGUCAUCUGUUAACUCUAUUGCUUGGGCACCUCAUGAGAUUGGUCUUUGUUUGGCAUGUGGCUCUUCAGAUGGAAAUAUAUCAGUCUUUACUGCACGAGCAGAUGGUGGUUGGGACACAUCCAAAAUUGAUCAAGCUCACCCAGUUGGAGUAACUUCAGUUUCUUGGGCCCCAUCAACUGCACCUGGUGCUCUUGUUGGUUCUGCUUUGCUUGACCCUGUGCAGAAGCUCUGCUCAGGUGGUUGUGACAAUACUGUAAAAGUGUGGAAGCUUUAUGAUGGAAUUUGGAAGAUGGACUGCUUUCCAGCUCUUCAGAUGCAUACCGAUUGGGUAAGGGAUGUGGCAUGGGCACCUAACUUGGGCCUUCCAAAAUCAACCAUUGCUAGUGCUUCACAGGAUGGGAAGGUUAUUAUAUGGACUGUGGGAAAGGAAGGGGAUCAAUGGGAAGGAAAGGUCUUGCAUGAUUUCAAGACUUCUGUUUGGAGAGUCUCCUGGUCGCCCACUGGAAACAUAUUGGCUGUUGCUGAUGGGAAUAACAAUGUGACUUUAUGGAAAGAAGCUGUAGAUGGGGAGUGGCAACAGGUUACUACAGUUGAUUCCUAAAACUUCAGUCAAUUUUUCCCCUUCAAUACUAUAUUGCGUUUUAGUUCUAUUACAUUAAAUGAUGAUUGAUGAGAAUAUUUUUUCCUUGAUUUUCUUCCAUGGUUGGAGCGGUUAUGUUGGAUAUUUGAGUUUUUGGACUUGCGCUUCUUAGAACCUUAGUUUGCCAGAUAGGAUGGUUCAUUUAUUUUGCAACUUAAAUCCAUGUUGUUCUGUGAACGCAUAGAUCAUCUGUAUCAUUGUUUAUCAUUUUCUCUUGCUAGAUUUCUUCUGAUCAAAGUUUUUUUUUUUUCCUUUUUUCUUUUCUGGGUCUGGGAUGAAUUCUGUUGGAUCAUCGACUCUAUAUUGCUGGGGCUAUGCUUGUUUUUACAUGCUAACUCCUAAGCCAAGCCACGCACAUCAGGUCGCAUUAUGGAAUCACAAGUUCUCAACGCUCUUAUGGGUGGCACCUUACAGAUUCGCGUCAAUCAUUGGCGGUGCACUCCAAUCUCAAAAAGCAACAUCUUAUGGCUGAGAUUUCCUUGGCUACAUUACGCGUAACGUGAAGCUUCCUCCGUUGUCAUUUACCCUGCCAGCAUCUACAUGGAAAGAGCCAAUCAUCAAAUCGUUGAUGCUACUGAUCACCCUUGAAACUAAUUGAUUCAAUGACAAUUUUUACACCGUAAUAAUACCUGCGUAUUUCUUUCGCUACUCGAUGAGCGUAGAUUUUUCCUUUAUUCCAAGCCAAAAAUCAUUCUCUCCCUUUCCACUUCUCAUAAACUUUUGGUCCCAUUUCGAUCUUUAUCUUCUUUCUCUGUUAUCAAGGCUUUCCUAGCCUUUUCGACAAUGAAGGUUCACCCAUCUCCAAAGAAAAGGGAUCUCACCGCCUCCCAAAAUGUUGUGGCUUUUUCCACCACCGCCGGCAACCCAAUCCCUAAGAAACUUAAGAGACUCCCUCACGUAUUUGCCAGAGUCCUGGAGCUUCCCUUCAACUCUGACGCCGAAGUUUUUGUCCAAGAAACUAAAGAAUGUUUCCGUUUCGUUGCCAACGGUGGGGACAUAACCAUAACUGACGAUUUUCAGGCUCAUGUGAUCGAGAUAUUACCUGGAGUGACAAAGAUCGCAAUAAGAGGAGCGCAGAGUGUCGAUCGCGCUUCGGUGGAGGAUCUCGACAUUGACAUGUGGCGUUUCAGGCUUCCGACGACGACUUUUCCGAAGAUGACUAGCGCGAGAUGUAUAGGCGGGCAGUUGGUUGUCACCGUUCCGAAAACCCUGAAUUUCGAAGAUGACGACAACUAUGGUAAAGAAGAAGAAGAAGAAUACGAAGAAGACACAAGCAAGGAGAGCCUGAGAGGGUAUUUCUUGUUGGGUGAGGAGUGAUAGUACGUAGCCGGUUUUAAUUUGGCAUGUUAAAUAAUUGAGGCUUCACGAACAAUGAAGAAAAGUAACAUGUAAAGCUUCAAUGUUGAGAAUAAUUUUGAUAUAUAAUAAUCUUUAACGAGAAA